CAAGAACGGGAUAGGCGCACAGGAGGCGCUCCACACCUGCGCGAUGAGGCCCGCCUGGGAUGCGGAACCCACACCCGAACGCAGAGGACGCGUCCGGUGAACCCCGGGUGGGGGCCCCAGCUGUGCUCCAGCCCAAUGUGUAAAGCUGGUCAUGCCUCUAUGCUACUUGGUUCAUUUCAUGCAGAGUAACAGAAGAGCCUUCCUGAGAUUGCUGCUGCCACUACCUACCUGUCACCCUGCCAGGAAUUCACACUGAACCUGGAGCUAAGCUAAGCAGCCAGCAAGCCCCUAGCUGAGGCUUCACAGUCCCCAGGGACCCCUUUCAGACACAAAAAAAAUCUCCUGCACCCUGGUGAUGGCACAAAGGGACUGUUUUCUUUCUCUUCAUCUACAUGACUGUCAAGAAGGAAGGAGGUGGAGGUAGAGCAGUUGGACCUCUGACUCUCUUGGUAGCUUCAGACCUCAGACCUUAUCAAACCCCUUUCAGAGCCCAAGGACGAAGCUUACCUGAACCAGUGCUCUUGAGUCAUGAGUGAAAAAAUUUGCUCCUUCCAUGCUGAGAAAGAAUUAGGAGAUGGACAGGUUGAAAGUGUCUCUGCUGGGUAUUCGUUAUAUGACAAGGACAGCGGUGCUCUUGCGGCUUUCAGAAGAAUUCCUAUCUCAGAGCUGAAGAACCAUGGUAUCCUCCAGGCCCUGACAGCAGAAACUAACGGAUUGCAGUCAAGUGUUGUGAGCGCCGAGGUCCUCAGCGCCCAGGAAGAAUGGGAAGUGGUAGACAGCAUCCAGCCAGAUACAGGGAGCUGGACCAGCUCAGAGCAGCCUGGCCAGCUCAUCUCCUUUGGUGAAGCCCUGCAGCACUUCCAGACCGUGGACCUCUCUUCCUUCAAGAAAAGAAUCCAACCAACUAUUCGAAGGACUGGGCUAGCGGCCCUCCGGCACUGCCUCUUCGGGCCUCCAAAGCUGCACCAAGGUCUUCGGGAAGAAAGGGACUUGGUCCUCACCAUUGCUCAGUGUGGCCUGGACAGGCAAGACCCAAUGCAUGGCCGUGUGCUCCAGACCAUCUACAAGAAGCUGACAGGCUCCAAAUUCGACUGUUCCCUCCUCGGAGACCACUGGGAGGACCUGGGCUUCCAGGGAGCAAAUCCAGCCACAGAUCUGAGGGGGGCGGGCUUCCUUGCCCUCUUGCAUCUGCUGUACCUGGUGAUGGACUCCAAGACCUUACUGAUGGCCCAGGAGAUCUUCCGCCUGUCUCAUCAUCAUAUCCAGCAAUUCCCUUUCUGUUUGAUGUCUGUGAAUAUCACCUGCAUCGCCAUCCGGGCUUUGAGGGAGGAGUGUCUCUCUAGGGAAUGUAACCGACAGCAAAAGGUCAUCCCAGUGGUGAACAGCUUCUACGCAGCCACUUUCCUUCACCUGGCACAUGUGUGGAGGACCCAGCAGAAGACUAUCUUGGACUCAGGCUUUGUCCUCAAAGACUUGGAAGUGUUGGCCAAGAAGAGCCCACGGAGGCUGCUCAAGACCCUGGACAUCUACCUGGCCCGGGUGUCAAAGGGACAAGCUUCCUUGUGGGGGGCGCAGAAGCGCUCUGGGUCACAAGGGUCUCGCGCCAAGGAUCUCACCUUCACAGGCGUGUGUGACCUGCAGCCUCACCCAUUCAAAAGUACAGGGUUGAUCUGACCCACCCCGAGGACCCACUAGUAGAAAGACUUGAAGGUUUCGGGAGCUUUCAGGGACUGUGUGCAGCAUGCCACGUUGAGGAGUGGCUGGCCAAGGCCCUUCUUAUCUCCUGGCGAGAUUAGGAAGCUCUGGGGCACAUUCUGAUAGCUAGAAUUACCCGUUUCCAUUCUAAAGAGAGAGAGGUCUUGCCUCUUUCCCAGCUGGGCUCCAUUCACGGGUUGGAGCUUCUGGUAUCUCACUGGGAGUGAACAGAUCAUAAAGUAGGAUAUCCCCAUCUGGGCAGUCCACACAUCCACACAUGGAGGGAGAUUCGUAAGACUCUGCUAGUCAGAAUUCAGACUACCCAACAGCAGUCAGUCCCAAAAUUCCUGUGGUUGGAAUUGGAAGGGCAGAUAGCAAUAUAUCCAGCCAGCAGGGGGCAGCACAACACAGGAAAAAGCUGUGACUGACUAUACAGAACCGCCCCCCCCCCUUCCUCCAUCCAGCAGGGUUUUCAGGGCCCCCUGGACCUGCCGGCCUUCACUGCUCCCACUUUUUAACCCCUCACACCUCCUUUGCCCUCUAUUACUUGUGAUUUAGAAAUGGGCAUUCAGCUAGGCUAGACUAGGCAUCUCCAUUAGCUGCCCCAUCCUCACCGCCCACAAUUUGGGGCGCCUCUGGUGGACACUGCACACUAGCUUAAUGGUUAUCAGGCCUGGCUGAGAAGAGCUCGAAAGUCCCUCACCCUCCAGAGGUUUUAGAAUAAAGGAAUUGUAGUUCUUUGGUC